AUGACGGGAACGAGGACAUUCCGAGACGUGAAAUCGAACCAGCCAGUCGAGGGCUUCUCGAAGAUGGACGGGCAGGGAGACUUGGUGGAGAAGACAAGGAUUAGGUACAGGCGCUGGAAGCAGAAUCAACCAGAUUCUCAGGGAGGGCACUGGUACGAGGCUCAAGACUUGGCACGUUUUGCCAGCAACCAAGAAGACUACAACGCUGAGCUGCGAUCCCUGCUUGCAGUUAGAGAGCAAUCCUCACAGAGAGGGAUGUUGGAGUUUGCGAUGAUUGUUUCAGACUGCGUUCGAGAUCUCAAGGCUGACGUCACGAAGGUCCAGGUGGAGCUGACGAUAAUGGAGGGAGGUGGAGGUGUAAUGCAGUACAAACAGGCGAUUAUGAUGGAAAAAGCGAUAGAGUUAGACAAGGAGGAGAUGUUUGCAAUGAGGAAGAAGAAGAUUGAAGAGCUGAUGGAUUACUGGAGCGAGCGAGAGGCGUUUAGGUUGGAGAAGCUCGAAUCUCAGAAAGAAGAGCUGUUGAAACAGAAGAAGGAAGCCAUCGCUGAGCUGAAGAAGAAGCAACAAGCAAAGUUCAAAGGCUCAAGAAUCCUGCAGAUGUGGGGGAAAAACUUUGAGGCUGCUUUGCAAGUCAGGUCACAGCUGACAGCUAUGGAGGCUCAGGAGAGAGCGCAGUUUGAUGCGAGGAUCGAGAAGGAGAUGAAAGUUCAGGCGAACAAGGUCGAGGCGGACAAUGAGAAGUUUGAGAUGAUAAGAUUGCGUGACAACGCGAUCGAGGAUGCAGAGCGGCAGUAUGAGGUGCAGAUGAAGCAGGUAGAAUGCUCCAAGAGACACAAGGCGGCGAAGGCGAAGCAAGAGGCUGAGACGGCCAUGAUGAAUUCUCAGCAGCAUGUCGCGAGCAAGUCAGACGUCGAUCACGUCAAGAAAGCAAGUAAACCCAACAGACAGACAAGGAAAGGAGUCAUCAUCAGCAACCUGAGCGAGACUCUAGCUGCGGAACGGGAGAGAAAGGAGCAAGAGGAAGAUCGAAGGUCACAAGGUGUUGUGGUUCAGGGCUUGCAAGCUCAAGAGAGGAUGCUAGAUCUUCUUGUUGUCUCCUCGAUCCAUUGUGGAGAGAUCAACAGCAGGCAGGAAACAGGAGACAAACGACUUGAACAACUCCCUCCUGUCUCCGCGGACAGGUUCUCAUCGCAGACCUCCAUCAGUAAGAACACUUUCAAGAUCUCACAUUCAACGUUUUGGAGGGAUGAGAAGUCAUCAGCGAUCAGAGCGGAAGACCUCUCAUCCCAGCCAUCCCGGCUCAACAACUCUCGAGAAGAACUUGAGAUGAUUGCUAGGAGAUCAGAGCUCGAGAGCCUCGGUCUGCUCAGCGGAGGCGAUGGGAAGGGGGUCGGCGUGAAGAGAGAUGAAGACAACAGAGUUGUCAGUGCAGUUGUUAUCCGUCACCCGAUGGAGACAGACAGUCAGUACAACUUGAGGAAAAAGAUCCGCAGCAACAAGGAACGGGACACGUUUUCAAAGAAGAACGAAGUGCAAACAUCAGGAAGGCUGCGAACAAAGAAGACAAGCUUGUCGCAGAAACCAGCAGACGCUGAUGGGUUCGCUGACUUUCAAGAAGCGCGUCAGUUCAAGGCAACGAGCCCAGCAGGACUCCGCCUGAGGCGGGAGGCACCGGAGGCUCCUCCCUCCUCCGGGUCGUCGCGGCACUUGAACGACUUUGGGGAGGUGGAUAUGCUGAUCGUUGAUGCCAUCAGCCUGUUGCCUGUCAAGCUCGUCGACCUGCUGCUGUCAAGCUGGGAAAGGGAGGGAUUGUUUACUUCGGACGAUAUCGAGAGCAAGAAGAAGAUGCUCAAAGACGCCAGGAGGGCUCAGGUCUCCUACAACAUGCAACAUAAGUAA